UUGUACCCAAAUCUACUUUCAUAAAUCUUCCCCAAUUUUGGGAAAAAGAUUGAACACGUUUUGUAGAGAGAGAGUGUGUUCCUUCCCUUCUCUCUUCUCUUCCGCCCUCGUUUUUCUUCGAACGCACAGUUUCAAUCAUCCACCGCAGUUCUUAUCAACGACAUGCUUCCUCUCUCCCUUCUCAAAACUGCCCAAGGCCACCCAAUGUUGGUGGAACUGAAAAAUGGAGAGACUUAUAACGGCCAUUUGGUUAAUUGCGAUACAUGGAUGAACAUCCAUCUCCGAGAAGUCAUUUGCACGUCUAAAGAUGGAGAUAGAUUUUGGAGGAUGCCUGAAUGCUACAUACGAGGCAAUACAAUAAAGUACCUUCGAGUUCCUGAUGAGGUUAUUGACAAAGUUCAAGAAGAAACCAAGACCCGAGCAGAUCGUAAACCACCUGGUGUGGGGCGUGGGAGGGGAAGAGGCAGAGAAGAAGGUGCCGGUGGACGCCAACCAAAAGGAAUUGGGCGUGGUUUUGAUGAUGGUAGUACCAAGGGAGCUGGAGGAGGUCGAGGCAAGGCUGGCCCUAGCGGAAAGCCUGGUGGAAACAGAGGGCGAGGUAGAGGCUGAUUUUUACUGGUGGCGUAAACUACUUCAGAUGGACCAGUUGACUACUUUCAGAGGGCAUUUGUGCUCGUCUUUAAUGUGUAUCGGUUGCAACUUCACUGCCCGUGUUUCCUUGUGCAUUCUUGGAUUUUAGCUUCCAAUGUUUUUCUUGUGUUUAUAAUCAAAAAAUGUCAAGAGUAAUGAUGGAGCAAUGUGUUGAAUAGAGUUUGGUAUAUUUGGAGAUGUUACUAAGAGAAUUGUACAUAAAACUUUUGGGGUCUUCACUUGAACUCAUGUUUUAGUAAAUGGCGAAAUGAUUAUUCCUCAUGCCAA